UCCCGCGGCCCCGCCUGCGGCUGGAAGGUGGUCUCAGGCCCCGCCCCUCGAGGGGGGUGCGGGGCUCGUUGUUAUGACGACACGGCCGUAAAGUCGCCAUCUUGGUGGUUGCGGCGCCUUGCGACAUGGAGGCUGCGACGGCCACGGGAGUUGGGCCGGCGGGGCUUACGGCAGCUGGGCCGCCGGAGCAGGAGCGCGCGGGGGAGGCCGACUCCGGCCCCAGCCAGGCGCCCGCCGCCUUCCUCAGCCUCCCGGCGCCCUUCGGAGAGGAAGAUGAGGACGACCGGCACAAAUGUGGGCGCUGCCAGGCUGAGUUCACUUCUUUGGAAGAGUUUGUACAGCACAAGCUGCAAAAACUUUGCCAGAGACAUCAAGAUGCUGUUGUUGCAGCAGCAGCGGCGGCGGCAGCAACGCAGGUGGUUUCAUCCGUUGAGGAGCCUAUAACUGUGGCUCAUAUAGUUGUCGAAGCUUCUCCAAUAACGGAAGAAAUUGGCAGUGCUUCUGCAAUACUAGGUAGUGGGCACAUCAAAGAAGUCCUUGUAGCUGGAGAACAUGUCUUUGAAAGCCCAAAUGGCCACCUGGACGGUGACGUUGGGGAGGGGCAGAGCAGCCCCGGAGACCCAGAAGAAGGAGCUUCCAUGGAACUCAUCAAGGUUAAACUGCUGGUCAACAAGGAAGGCCGAUACGUGUGUGAACUGUGCCACAAGACUUUUAAAACGGCCAGCAUUCUCAAAGCUCACAUGAUCACUCACAGCAGCCGGAAAGACUAUGAGUGCAAGCUGUGUGGGACGUCUUUCAGGACCAAGGGUUCGCUGAUCCGACACCAUCGCCGGCAUACAGACGAGCGUCCUUACAAGUGCAAAAAAUGUGGGAAAAGCUUCCGAGAGUCGGGGGCCUUGACUCGGCACUUGAAAUCCUUGACUCCCUGCACCGAGAAAAUCCGUUUCAAUAUGAACAAGGAGGUGGUGGUGACCAAGGAGGAUCUCGCUACCGUCUCCAGCACCUCCAACAUAGAUGCCGUUCCCUCACUAGCAACACAGUCUGUGGAGUCCCCACCUGUGAUCCACCUAGUGACAGAUGCAAAAGGGAAUGUCCUCCACGAAGUCCACGUCCAGAUGCAAGAGCUCCCCAUCACAGAGGCCAAAUCGCCAGACCUGGAGCCUUCACAUUCUGAGGAGCUGCUUCCUGAUGGAGAUGACAAUGAGAACUUGCUGAGAGAAGCCAUGAGGAAUUCUGGGAUUGUGAUCGAACGGGUUUCCAUGGAGGAGGAGGAGGAGGCCAAACUGGAUGAAGCAGACGUGGCAGCUGCCGCCACAGAGAGUGUGAAGAGUGACGAGGCAGAGGCCCCAGAGAAGCUGUGCGAGGAGCAGGUGGUGGAGACAGAGCAAGAACCAGUCGAAGGGCUGGAGCACGCAGAGUCGACCGCUGAAUGCAAGCGCCAUGUGUGCCCUUACUGCAGCGAAAUCUUCAGAGAGCACACUUCCCUUGACUUGCAUGUGAACGGCCACCUAGACUACAAGGCUUUUACAUGCGAGGAGUGUGGCAAGGAAUUCACCAAGGGCUACUUGCUGAAAAAGCACCAAGAAGUCCACGUCAAUGAGCGGCGAUUCCGUUGCGGGGAGUGUGGCAAACUGUACAAGACCAUCGCCCACGUCAAAGGGCACAGGAGGGUGCACUCGGAUGAGCGGCCGUAUCCUUGUCCCAAAUGUGGCAAGAGAUACAAGACCAAGAAUGCCCAGCAGGUCCACUUCCGGACGCAUCUGGAUGAGAAGCCCUACGUCUGCCACUUCUGCAGCCAGGGCUUCCGGGAAAAGGGCUCCCUGGUGCGUCACAUUCGUCAUCACACGGGCGAGAAGCCAUUCAAGUGCUACAAAUGUGGCCGUGGCUUUGCCGAGCAUGGCACCCUCAACAGGCACCUGAGGACCAAAGGUGGCUGCCUGCUUGCCCUGAAAGAAGCCGAAGAAGGGGUGGGGUCAGAAGAAGGCCAGACAGCUGACAACUUGGCUGCAACGGUCAUUUCAGAAGACCCCCCUACAGUCUUAGUGGAGUUUUCUUCUGUGGUGGCAGACACGCAAGAGUACAUCAUUGAGACGGCCACUGAGGACAUGGAAACCAGUGAAGCUGCUGAGAUAAUAGAAGGAACACGGCAUGAGGUGGACAGUCACAUCAUGAAAGUGGUUCAGCAGAUCGUGAACCAAGCUAACUCAGGCCACCAGAUCAUUGUCCAGAAUGUCACUGUGGCAGAGAGUUCUGACAUGACCCCUGACAGUACAGACACCAUCACCAUCGCCACUCCCGAGAGCCUCACGGAGCAGGUGGCCAUGACCCUGGCCUCUGCCAUUGGGGAAGGAGCCCUCCUGGCCACCGAGGGCAGCCUUGGGACCGAGGAGGCCACCGUGACUAUGGUGGCCUCUGAAGACAUCGAAAUAAUGGAGCACACCGGUGGCGAGUUCGUGAUCGCCUCCCAGGAGGGGGAGCUGGAGGUCCAGACUGUGAUAGUCUAGGGCCCCAGCAGGUGCUCAGCGCCAGAGGGGGCACUCAGCCUCUUGAGGCUGCUUUGCAUGUGGUCUUGGAGGCAGGUAUGUGGAGGGCAGUCAGAGGAGUCAGGACCGACUGUAGGGUCCUUCCCUGUGGCCACAAGUUGUGAGGGGAAGCAGCCCCAAGAGGCAUUCCUUAUCCCACGACCCUCCUCACGAGGGGAGAGGGGCUACCGGUGCCAAGGGCCGGCGAUUCUUCAUGGCACUUGUGGCCAGCCAGGGAGGGAGGGAGGGAAGGAAGGAAAGCACUUUAGCCCAAGCAAGGGGGAAACCGAGCCACCCUUGCUGGGGAUCUUAACUAUGCUAGAAGGGGAGGUUCCUGGAGGGGUUUGCCACCUGCCUUUCCCCCGUUAGUCUGCAUAAGGCACAGAAGCCAAUCAGUCGACAUGAACCUCACCCGGAGGUCUGAAAUAUGCUAUGCUGCAAUAGGUCACAGGUUGUUCUGAGGAAUAACCUAGAAAUGCUGCAUAAAGGCCACACUGUACAUUUGUUUUUGUAACCAGAAAUCUUUUAAUUGCAGAUUGUACAGUUUAGCUUUGUAAAUAAUUUUUUUUAAAGUG